AUAGGACUUAGGACUUUACCUGUACGUUCUAGCAAAUUCCGCGAACCUUGCAAAAACAUAAAACAUGAGACUUAAUCUUCCCCUUAUUAUGUGAGAGCAUUUGGCGGCGUGAGGAUUAGUUAAUCAGGAGCUAAAUUCCUGAAGAAUUUCAAUAAUUUCACAAAAGUCUUGAAGGUUAAUCAUCAAGGCGAUUUUAUUUGUACAUACAUUUUUGCCGACAGCGCCGAAGGUAAUUUCGCAUGCUUUAUUUUUACAUUAGAAUCUGUGUGUGUCUGGGAUUGUGGAAAAGCCCUGACCAACAACCAUGAACGAAGACCACAAGGAAAAGGAAUUAUAUGAAAUGAGUGCCGAUUUGGCGUCGACGAGCGGGUGCGAUUCGCCUCGGAAGCCCAUCAAGUCAACGGCUGUGGUGAAACUUUCCAUCUCGGAGGCACCAGCUAAUUUUGAGAAGCUCACACUGAACACAAAUCUGAACGAGCCGCCUUCCAACUGGCUCUCAACAAAACAGACCAACGGAUCACCCUUUGGCUUCUCCAACCCAUCAGGAUUUAAUAGCUUUCGAAUUGCAAACAUGUUUCCUGACUGUGUUGGUGAGGUGGACGUUGUGUCGGAUGCCGAGAACAUAAAGAAACUGCUCAAAAUUCCCUAUAGCAAAGGACCUGUCAGCAUGAUUGUACACAGGGUGGAGAACACCCUGCUGAUUGAUGAGUUUGACAUCCACAAGCACCUGAUGCGGACCGCCGAGAGUGAGUGGAAGUGGCUCCGCAAGUUCUUCUUCGAGCACAUCAUGAGUACCCUCAGUUCUAAGGGGCUGUACCAAAAGGAUUUCAGCAGGGACGCAGUGCAGGAACGUCGACUAGUGUCCAAGUUUUUGUACCACAGUCUACGGGAGGCCGCAGAGAUGGACACUCCUGAAAAGGGCCAGACAAGCAAGGAAGACGACCUGCAGCCUGAGGGCGUCCCCAUGCACUGGUCCAGCCUUCCUGAGCCGCAAAUCGAGAUGCCGGACAACUCUGUGGGCCACGAGUUCGCCAGGAAUGUAGUUUGGACCUUUGAGGAUAUUCAGAUGCUCCUGGGCACUGACAUGCCCAUUUUUGGUGGUGACACUCAUCCCUGCAUAAGCCUAAGACUGAGAGACAUGAAGAAGCCGAUUAAUGUCCUUACCGGCAUCGACUAUUGGCUAGAUAACCUCAUGUGCAAUGUUCCUGAAGUUGUUAUGUGCUAUCACUUGGAUGGAUUGGUUCAAAAGUAUGAACUGAUAAAAACUGAGGAUCUUCCACAUCUGCCAGGCAGUAAAUUUUCACCCAAGCUCAUCCACGAUGUAGCUCAGAACAUUUUGUCUUUCCUCAAGUCAAACGCCACCACACCAGGCCACACAUACUGGCUAUUCAAAGGUAAAAACGAUGAUGUUGUUAAAUUGUAUGAUCUGACGACGCUCUGCAACAACGAUCAAAAUUGUAACGAAGAGAAUCCUUUCACCGUCCCAGUUGCCAUGCUGCUCUACAAAGUGGCUCGCAACAUGAAGCGACACGACAGCAAACAGCAUGGCUGCAUAAAAAUGCUUCUGGAGCACUGCAUUUCUCUUUUGAGCAAGGAAAAGCACACUCAGGUUGUGACCUCUGCGCACUACAUGCUAGCAGACCUGUACGUCCCUGCCGAAACUAGUCCGUCAAACCCUGCUUUUCCUGAAGAGGAGGAAGACGCUUCUGAAAAAUUGAACGAAGAGGAAGAACCUGAGGAAUUUGAAGAAAAUGGAAACGACGUUGAAAAUGUUGAGAUUGGCUCUCUGUGCUGGAAGAACUCAUGCACAAAAGUUUUGGAGAAGACGACGCCGCCUCCGCUGAUUGGAUCAGUGUAUGAUCGGUGUCGAAACAGUCUGAGACACAUUUCAGAUGGACUGGUGUGUCUGCGGCAGCUGGACACAAGGCAAAUCCAGCAGGAAGAGGAGGAACCCAAGAUGGCCCACCCAUUCACGGCCAUCCCCAUGCCUUACACCAACAUGACCAGCAUGGUGGUGUCACCAACAAAGGCUGAGGAGAGGCAACCGCCAGAACCACCUGACCAGUGGAAGGCGCAGCUGCUCACCCUGUUGUACGAGAAGGCCCUGCUGGUCACAGCUGUAAUGACCCAAAACUGUGUCACUACCGAGCAAUUCGGCGCUGCCCUCCGCCUGGUCCAAGUCCUUCUCACCCUCAACCUUGGUCUCCAAAAGCUGGCCAAAGUCCUUGGUGUCAAGCAUGGCAAGGAAAGUGAAAUGGCAGCCAUGAAGAGUUUCCUUCUGGGCCAGGCGGGCGACGCGUGCUGCAUGAUUGUGCAGAAUUGGAAUAAGGUGGAGCAGUAUCGAAGUGACAUCAAUACCAAAGACGAGCUCAUUGAGCCCAUUUUGAAGCAGAUGCAGCUUGACGUUGGGCCCACUUAUGACGAUACGGUGCCAGUAGAUUUGGACCUGCCAAAUGUGGAGGACGUUUUGAGAUCCAGCCUUGAGUGUUACAUCCAAGCCGUCAACUCCAAGCCUCCAGCCGACCAAGUUCCCGGCAUUCAAAGGCGAAUUGGAAACAUCCACAACGAACUAGGUGUCUUUUACAUGACCCAAGCAAGUGCUGUUGCAAGUGAGCGGGGAGUUAAGGACAGCCAAUUUCAGGUGCUGGUGAAAAAGAGCCUGAGCGAAUUGGAAGCUGGAAUUUCUGCUUUCGAGAAGGUGGCUGAUGUGAGCAACCUGGCGCUGCUGCUUUUGAACACAGGCAGGUUGAUGAGGCUUUGCUCACACGCCAUGUCUCCCUCGUGCCGCACGCCUCUGCAGGGCCAGGAACGAAACUACUAUGUAAAGGCCUUGAAUUACUACCAAAGAGCAUUGUUUGUGUUGGGUGAGCGAAGUGAGAAAAAUGAGCAAAUCUGGGACAGCGUCAACUGGCAGUUGUCCACCACUCUAUACAACAUGGCUGUGAUCCUGCAGGACUACCCUGACAACAGUGAAAAGAAUCAAGAGGAGCUGGAGAAAGAGGUGGUAGAGCACCUGCAAAAGGCUCUGCAAGCAUGUGACCUGACCACGCCAGGUCGGCAACAGCCAAUGUACCAAUUCAGGGCCGCUUCCAUCCACCAUAGAUUGGCUUCUCUCUAUCACAAAUCUCUCAGGAAUUGUUGUGGAGACGACCACAAGAAAAAGUUUAUCCAGCAGUUGUGCAAAAUGCAUUAUGAGAAGUCGGCAGAGAUGUAUAAGAGCUUGGAAGGAUUGGCUGAGUUCCUCAGGGUACAGCUUGAGAGGGUCGCCUUUGCGGAAUUUUCAGCUGAAUGCACAAAUGGUGUGGGAGGCAAAAAGUCACUGCUGGUCGGUGCGGUGGAUUUAAUCCUGGGCAGUGAGGACGUGUUGAAAGUGGUGAUGAAACAGAAAGAAACGCCUGACGAUGAAGACGAUGAGCAACUCAAGUUAGUGCUGCUGAUGGAGCAGAGACUGCAGUGCAUCCUUCUUUCCCUGGCCAAACUCUCGUCCAAGGACAAAGCAAACGCCAAAGAAACUCAUUUCAAAGCCAUGUACGCAGCAACCUUGCACAGAAGCAACAAGGAAAAGGAGGAACUGCACUCGGCAGCCAGCAGACUUUGUUCAACCAUGCAAAAAGUUUCAGAGCUGAAGAAAAGUGUGUAAUUGCAAAGGGAUUUUGUUUGUGAUAAAAGAGUUUAAAACCAAUGAUCAAAUAUGUGAACGUAAUUAUAUAAUUUUGACUGAAAGUUAUAAUAGUGUAUGACAUUGACUUGAUUAAUAAAAAGUGAUAACAACAC